UCCCAGGCUGCUUUGCGCCCUCUUCCAAUAUCGGUCGUACUGACACGGUGCUUCCCCCCAAACCACCCCCGACUGCGCCGCCGCCGCGUUUCCGUUCUCCCUCGUCGGGACAUCCGGGCGUUCCUGCUGCCUCCCGUCCUCAUCCGACUCUGGCCAUUGGGUUUAGAGAAGGAUUAAUCUGGGUCGCCUUUCCCCUGGUCCAUCCACCACUGCCGCACUCAAUCAUCUUGCCACCCUUUCUGUGUUCUCAAUUGAAAGCGGAGGAGGUGUACAAUGAGGCUGAUAAAAGCGGAGGAGUUGUUCCGGAAAGUCCUCGAGAGCGGGGCAAAGAAGCAGAAGAAUCGGCUGCUUGGGCUCGAUGUAGGCAGUAAGUAUGUCGGGCUGGCCGUUUCCGAUCACCAAAACAGGAUUGCCUUGCCUCUAAGUGUCUUGGGUAGGACAAAGACAAAUAUCACCUUGAUGGCAGAUGAUUUCAAAACAUUGGUUAAGAAGUACUCGCUUGCAGGUCUUGUUGUGGGUUAUCCAUUCAACUUGCAGGGUCAAUGUUCUCCAGAUGCAAUACAAGUAAGCCUUCUUGUCGGAGAACUUUGUAAAACUGGGAAACUUGAUGAUUUGAGCUACACAUAUUGGGAUGAAAAUUUUACCUCAAAGUGUGUAGAAGCCCUUUUAAAUCCCCUGAAACUACAUGAUCCAGUUGAGACCAAAACAAUGACUGAUAAAUUUGCUGCAGUUUGCAUACUCCAGGGUUACCUUGAUAACAUGAACAGAGCGUUGAGAUCUACAGAUAAUUGUAAAGACUAAGGAGACACGUGUGCCUCUGCCUUGCAGUCUUUCUUCAAAGCAUAGUUCUGAAAUCAGUUCCAUUGCCUGUGGUAUGAAAUCAUGUAAGUACGUCCAGAUGCAGUUUAUCGAACCAAGCUCUGAGCUUAGGCGUUAUUCGUCCUCUGAUGUAGGUCCAAAGCUGGCAUAUUCCACUAACAGCUCAUCACCUGGUGAAAGCAGCUUUCCUAUUUGGCUGCUGGAGGCAAAUUUGCCUGAACUUAAGCUAAACUGUUGAGACGAUUUUUUCUUCCCUUCUUUUCUUACAGCGUCUAUUGGCAUUGGAAAUUCUCGGCAUAAGCAUGUAACUGAAAUGCUUGCCCCCACCCCCUGUUGCCACUAGAAUGCUUGUGCAUUUCGUUCUCUGAUAUCCAUAAACUGGGCACACAAAGCAUGGUUAGCAGCCUGGGUAAUUAACCCGCUUCGUGCAGCUUUCAGUUUGCUGUCGACCCAAGAACAAGUUGUUGAGCCAUUUUGCGAUGCUGCAGCACCCACGGACGGUAGAGUUACUUUUCACCAAAGGGGCGGUUAUUCAUCACGAUGUUAA